GGCCGAGCCUACUCCUCCCGGCGCUCCCUGGGGCGCGGCCAUCUUGGCCCCAGUACUUCAUCUCCCAUGCCGCCGCGCGGCGGGGGGAGGCGAUGUCCGCCAUCUUGCCGCUGCCUCCUCCUCCCCCGGUGCGGCUGGAUUGAAUGAGCGCGCUGCCCGCCCUCCCGCGAGCUGAGCGCCAUGUCAGGCACCCCGAGCCGCGGCACCCCCGGCGGGACCCCGCUGUCACCGACCCGCAUCUCCCGCCUGCAGGAGAAGGAGGAGCUGCGGCAGCUGAAUGACCGCCUGGCCGUUUACAUCGACCGGGUGCGGGCGCUGGAGCUGGAGAACGACCGGCUGCUGGUGAAGAUCUCGGAGAAGGAGGAGGUCACCACACGGGAGGUGAGUGGAAUCAAGAGUCUCUAUGAAUCUGAACUGGCUGAUGCUCGAAGAGUUCUGGAUGAAACUGCCAAAGAGAGGGCCAGACUACAGAUUGAAAUAGGAAAACUGAGAGCAGAACUUGAGGAGUUCAAUAAAAACUACAAGAAGAAAGAUGCAGAUUUGUCUGUGGCUCAGGGUCGCAUUAAGGAUCUUGAAGUGCUGUUCCAUAGAAGUGAAGCAGAACUCAACACUGUCCUGAAUGAGAAACGCAGUCUGGAGGCAGAGGUGGCUGAUUUGAGAGCCCAGCUUGCUAAGGCUGAAGAUGGUCACGCUGUGGCUAAGAAGCAGUUGGAGAAGGAGACCCUUAUGCGUGUGGACCUGGAGAAUCGGUGCCAGAGCUUGCAAGAGGAUCUGGAUUUCAGGAAGAAUGUGUUUGAGGAGGAAAUAAGAGAGACAAGAAAACGUCAUGAACAUCGCUUAGUUGAGGUGGACACGAGUCGCCAACAGGAGUAUGAAUCCAAAAUGACUCAGGCCCUGGAGGAUCUGCGAAAUCAACAUGAUGAACAAGUCAAACUGUACAAAAUGGAGCUUGAGCAGACCUAUCAGGCCAAGCUGGAGAAUGCCAAACUGUCCUCUGACCAAAAUGACAAAGCUGCUGGUGCAGCUCGAGAGGAGUUGAAGGAGGCUCGCAUGAGAAUAGAAACUCUCAGCUACCAGCUUUCUGGCCUUCAGAAACAGGCCAGUGCAGCAGAAGAUCGUAUUCGUGAGCUGGAGGAAAUGAUGGCUGGUGAGCGGGAGAAGUUUAGGAAGAUGCUAGAUGCAAAGGAGAGGGAAAUGACAGACAUGAGGGACCAGAUGCAGCAGCAGCUCACAGAGUACCAGGAGCUGCUUGAUGUUAAAUUAGCACUGGACAUGGAGAUCAGUGCUUACCGCAAGCUCCUGGAAGGAGAAGAGGAAAGGUUGAAGCUGUCUCCAAGUCCCUCCUCCCGUGUGACAGUCUCUCGGGCUACCUCCAGCAGCAGCAGUAGCAGCACUUCACUUGUUCGCUCUUCCCGAGGCAAGAGAAAACGGCUUGAGGCAGAGGAGCUUUCAGGCAGUGGAACCAGUGGGAUUGGCACUGGAAGUAUCAGUGGCAGUAGCAGCAGCAGUAGCUUCCAAAUGUCCCAGCAAGCUUCAGCUACAGGAAGUAUCAGCAUAGAAGAGAUAGACCUGGAGGGCAAAUAUGUUCAACUGAAGAACAACUCGGACAAGGAUCAGUCUUUGGGUAACUGGCGACUGAAAAGACAAAUUGGAGAUGGAGAAGAAAUUGCCUACAAGUUUACUCCUAAGUAUAUCCUCAGAGCUGGGCAGACUGUAACAAUUUGGGGUGCAGAUGCAGGAGUAUCCCAUAGCCCCCCUUCUGUUCUCGUGUGGAAGAAUCAAGGCAGCUGGGGCACCGGAGGGAAUAUCCGCACGUACCUUGUCAACUCCGAAGGAGAGGAAGUUGCAGUGAGAAGUGUCACUAAAUCAGUAGUUGUGCGAGAGAACGAAGAGGAAGAGGAUGAAGCAGAGUUUGGAGAGGAAGACCUUUUCAACCAACAGGGCGAUCCCAGAACAACCUCCAGAGGAUGUGCUGUGAUGUGAAGAAAGAAACAAAUAAAACUACUAUUUGCUUCUUUUCCCCAUUUCUUUCUUUUUAUUUUGGCUAAUUUUUUUCCCUCCAGAGCCACUGAAAACUAUUUUUAUAUGCAUCAUCUGAUUUCUUUGAAGUUUACUCUUGGUACAUUUUUAUAAAAAGAAAACACAAAAAAAAAACCUUUUCCUGAACCAAACUGCCAGAGUUUUUAAUAGUAAUUUUUUUUUUCCUCCCUCUUUGUUGAAACACUAGAGUGGAAUGCUUUUUUCCCAUAUCCAGAGUUUAAAGUCUUAUGUACGAACCUGCAGCAGAAAUGGGUUGAGACUCCUGGAGCGUAUGGUAAAUCUAUAAUUGCAGAUAUAGCCAGGAUAAACUCCAAAAGGAAGUUUAGGAAGGCAUGUUCACCUGUAGGGCCCCAGGAGAGAUUCCCACAAUGUUACUACCAUUGCUUAAAUCGUGGAGGAAUCUUGCCUGGUAUCCUCAGCAGUGUCCAGCUUAGGAAAAUGAGACCCAACGUUCAUGUAAAAGUGCUCCUCCAGGGAAGGAACCAAAGGGAAGUUGUGCUGGAGACUUGGGACCAGAACAUCUUGUCCUACCCCAGGGUUUGACACUGGUAGAAACGUCUGAGUGUCAACACCUUUAGCUCCAUAUAAUUAUUUCAGGAGAUGGAGGAUGAAGGCUUCUGCUUACUGAAUACACUACACCUUAAGGUGUGGAAGUGUCAAACCCAGAGUUUUAACUGUUUUAUUUUGGGGGGAUUUUGACAUUGUCACCAAUGAGACCUUGUUAAAUCAUGGAUGCAGGUUGUGAUGUGCAGUCGUUAUGCCAUGAAGCAUCAUGAUUUAACACUUUUGACAUAUUCAGCAUUAAGCAGAAUGAUGAGCAUUUUAGAUGUUGAAAAUGUUUUUACUUUUGGCAGUGAUAAAUAUUAGGGAUUUUAAAGGUUAUCCUGCAUAAAUGUUCUCUUUUUUUAAUCGGAGGUGGAUGCAGCUUGUCCAUACUUACAGUCAAAGGGGCAUUGUCAGAUAUCUUAAGGAGCAGCAUUUGCAGAAUACUACAGACAUAGUUUAAGAACCUCUUUAAAAAGCUAAGAGAAACUGCUGCUUAGGAUGUUAGCAUUGCUUUGUGGUGUUCAAAUGCUUAAAGUCAAGUCUAACAGGAAGUGAAGGGACAAUAAUGCUUUUUAUAAUAAAUGCUUUCCGUGAGUAGCAGAUGGUUUUUGGUUCAGGAUGGUGCAUUCUGUGUCUGACAGUGUCCCUUUGAAUUAAGGUUUCUUCUGCUGCACUUCUCUGCAAGCUCUUGACUCCUAUCAGGGUUAGUAUUCCUACAGUAGCACAUCUUUAAGCACUUGGAAAAGGCCUUGACUGCUCCAAAGAAUGUACUUGCUGCUGUACAAGCAAAUGUGGUUUUUUUUUUUUCCACUAGUUAUUAGCUUUGGAUACAAAAUUUGGAUACCAGUUGAUGCCAGCAUAGAUUCCUGUUUUUACCUGCAUUCUUGAACUCUGAUCUUGUCCUUCAAGUAGUUUAGAUUCAUCAAACAAGCUACAAGGUUUGGAUGUUUUCGGUGGCUUUUGGACAUUAUGUUCUCUGAACAUUAUUGUGACUGACAGAUAUAACCUAGAAAGUCAGUUUAGUGGCUUUGACUGAUGGCUUUGUAAUGCAAGCAGGGUGGGAACAAAAGGGGGGGGGGGUAAGCUUAUGGAUUUAUUUUGCCAUUUAAAAAUAAAUCAAAGAUGCUACUUUCUCUAUUUGAGUGGGAUGACUGAAGUCCAGAAAUUAAUGGCUAUUUACAAUUACAUUGUAAACCGUUAUCAGAGAAUCCAUUACAGAAAAGCACUAUGAAAGUUUGGCUGUUUGGGCUAAUGGGAUAACUCCAUUGAUGUACUUGGCUGGUUUUCUAAUGUAAUUUUCCCACUCUGCUUGAGUAGAAGGUUAAAUAUGUAGUAAAUCACGUCUCUGUCAAAUGUAUUUAGUGGAAUUAUGUUUCUCAGACAUACUGUGAUCAAUUACCUUUUCUAAAUUUGGUGUUAGACAAAUGAAUGCAAUCAAUGUAAAAGCAUUUUUGCAAUGCACCUUCCAACCACUGGACAGCAUUUCCCUUUCUGACCCACAGCUUCUAGAACAUACUUUAAAUGAUGGUUGAGGGCUUUUUGCCUUUUUUUUUUUUUCUUCUUUGCCAUAAAGUUCUGUGUUUAUGUGUUUGGUUUUUUUUUCACGUUGGCCAGUUUUCAGAUUGCUUAUUCUGCUUUAAGAUUGUCCUGUAAGCUGUUCUGUGAUCUUUAAAUACUAAUGCAGUGAGCGUGUAGUUCAUUUGUAUUUUUUCCUGUGAUUUUUGUUCUUUUCUCCUGUAAAGAAUGGGCUGGGAAAGGCAGCUUCAACGAGGGAAAACCUCUUUGCUACCUGAGCCAUAGUUUUCUUAACAGCUACUGUAUGGGGAAUGUGUCGUGUUGCAGCCUUAAGGACUGGUGCUUGCAGACCUUGUGAUGGGCACUGUGCCCUUCAGGAACAGCCUGCAGGCUACUGGAAAUCUGAUCCAUGGAUCCAAGCUGUAAAUUACAAGACAUAGAAAAACUACUGUAUUCCAUGGACUUCCUUUGUUGCAUGUGCAUCUUCUCUGGGUGCCAUCCUUUCCUCUUGCUUUUGACGCUGAGCUUCAGUAUAACAGCACUAUCCCUUUGGAGCUGGUGCUCCAUCCUGGGAGUUUUUUUGGCUUUACCAAACAGAAAAGCAUUGCUUUGUUGUGGGUUUGUUUUUUUAUUUUUUUAUUACUUUUUUGUCUUUCAAGAAUUUGUUUUUUUCAGGGUAAUGAAAGUGCCCCCUUCCCCUACUUCUUCAGUCCUAUGUGUAAACCACACUUGGAGCAUAGUCAGCGUUUCUUCUCCAGUGUCUGAUACCUGGUGCAGAGUUUGAAGGAGAAAGAUUUGACUUGUCAGGAGGCAAAGUAUUUUCAGGCUUGGCUGAUAAAGGACAUCAACCAGUAAAGCUUUUACCAGAGUAGUUACUUGAGUGUAACUACCCCUAUGGAUGUUCUUGUUCCAAGAAAAA